AGAUGCAUGCAUGGUGCAGAGAAAGUGGGUAGGGUGUUCUCAGAAUAUCAGAGCCCAUGGCUGUCUAAUGAAGCUGGGUAACAGAAAAUUCAAGAUGGACAAAGGGAAGUAUUUCUUUACGUAGAACACUGUUAAACUAGUGAUGGCCACUUAUGAACUGCUCCUGAAUUUCCCAUAGACGUCUAGUUGACCACUGUGAGAAAAUGCAGCAAGGCUCUCUUAUAUUCUUACUGCAGUGCUCACCAUUCUCAAAUGCUGUUCUAUAACCACAAUGUUGUUUUCUAUAUUUCAAUCCAUUGAAAAGAUAGUAUUUAAUGUCCGUGCUUUCAGUUUGUUGUUGCUUUCCUAGAUAAUAGUUUCCUGUUCUACAGUACUUAAUGUUCAUUCUCAGAUAGGAAGCAUUAUUUUAUGAAUGUGCAGUUGUUUUUAAUACAGAGAGAGUGCUUGUUAGACCAGGAAAUGAAAGCAAUAAAUGAGACAGUGGAGUGGUACUGGAAAAACAACCUGUGACUACUAGUUCACAAGUUUUGAACCUUGUCCAAGUACAUACAAUGAUCGAAAAUAGCCUGCUCACUGACUAGCCAGUGUGCAGUGAGUCAUGGUUUUGGUCUUUUUUGUGGUAGCUAUGUGUGUCCAUGAGAGUUUUAUUGUUAGAUCCAAUGCUUGGCAUCAAUUUGCAUCCUGUUGGCACUUUCAAAAAAAGGUUAAAUCUCAAGCUGAACAAUGGCCAGCGCUUACUACCCAAUCUUGUACAUGGUGAAGUAUUUCAUAGGCUCCACUGCUUUGAGCAGCAUUGGAUGCCUUUUGACCUAGGGUGCUCAAACUAUUUGUUUGCAAUAAAAAAAUGUUAAAGCCUCUCUUCGUUAAUUGCAACAAAUUAUUCGAAUUGUUAGGCCUUGUAGACGGAAGUAGGUAAAUUUAAGUGGUGUUUGGGGAAUGGGGGAGAGAGCAGGGAUUUAUAAAAUGAAAUGUGGGUUAUGUGCUUUCUGUUUGUAGAAAUGGCUCCAUAGGAAAUGAAACUGAUGAGAAAGUGGCAUAAAUGACCUUAUUUGCUUUACAGUAUUAUAAAUUAGUUGAAGGAAUGUGCUGUCCACACAGGCUACAUUAGUUGGGGGGUGGGUCAGAUACCAUCUUGCUCUUUGUUUGCUUUUAUUUCCGCUUAUGGGAGUCCACCUUAGCCUUGUAGAUCUGUGCCUAUGGAUUUCAAAAUCUUUUGCUCAAAAUGUGAAAAAUAAUUAGAAAGUAACUACAGCAGAAUGGUUUAUAAACUAGAUAAGGCAAAUAGAUAUCUGUAAAGAUUCUAAACCAAACUUUGUUUUGAGAUUAUGGUGUACUCUGUUUCCUUAUUCAUUGCAGUAGUGAUGAUUUGGUUAUUUAGAUAUAAAGGAGAAGAUAAGUUCCAGGCCAGAUAGAUCGAUAUUGAUUUGUUUGAUAUGAUUGCUAUAACCCUAUGUAGAUGCAGAUGUGAUAGCUGCAAGCCUUUCAGUGUGGAAAGAGCUCUUCACAAAGUUGUAGGUCCAGCUGCUCUCCAACAUGGUGAUGGUCUUUUUCAUGCUUUUCUUUCUUACCUCAGAAGUGGUGCACUCACUUCUCGUAUGCAUUAUGAUCUUGGACAGAUGAGUAGUCCAGUAAAUGCAGAAAAGAGAGGCACAGUCACACAGUCAGUGUACACAUCCACUGUAAUGCAGAACUAGGGUAGCUGUAUAUUCCGUAUCUCCUCCUGCCAUAUAAAGCAGAGGUUGAUACCAAGGUAAGACUACAUAUUAGUGGUUGCUCAUUAUAAUGGCUAUAUAGUUACCGUCUCCAGUAUGAUUGGCAGUAUGCCUCUGAAUACCAGUUGCUUUGAGUCAUAAACCGGAAAGUGCUAUUGUGCUCAUGUUCUGCUUGGGGGUUUCCAUAGGUAUCUGACGGGUCACUGUAGGGACAGAAUGUUGGCAUAGAUUGACUUCUGCUCUUAUAUUAUUAGGAGACGCUGCAUUUUUGUUGCAUAGUGGGGAAGCAGAGCCUUAGUAAGAGUGGCUGGCUUGUGGGUCUGUUAUGACCAGAUCAGUGGCUGGGCAGUUAAUAUUUCAUUGUUAGCAUGUUGGAUCAAUUAUGUGAUUAUCAGAAGUUGUAUUCUAUAUCUGCUAAAUAAUUAGGUGAUUUCUUUUUGGUUUGAAAAUGAUUGGAAUAAUGCCCUUCAAUCCUUUCCAGACUUUUGAUUCAGUAAUCUAGGAAAACUUUUAAGUAAAUGAUGGUAGUACAUCUGUCUCACCACUGUGCAUAUAUUUGUCACAGUGCUAGAUUCUGCAUUAAUCUUCCCUACUUUUUCUGGCACUUCCUUAUUUUUCUGCUGGGUGCAGAAAUGGUGGGAAAAGAGGACAGCAAAUAGGCUUUGUUUUCUGAGUUAAGAAGUGGAAUUUCUGUUGCACAGGAGUUGCUUUGUAGUUGGAAUGUCAGGUUUUCUGAAAAAUGACGAAAAUGGGAACUGCUCUGGAGAAGGUAUCGAGUUUCCUACAACAAAUCUUUAUGAACUGGAGAGCAGAGUAUUAACAGAUCAUUGGUCCAUUCCAUAUAAGCGGGAAGAAUCUCUUGGCAAGUGUUUAAUUGCAUCCACUUAUCUUGCAAGGCUGGGGCUUUCGGAUUCUGAUGAAAACUGCAGAAGGUUUAUGGACAGAUGUAUGCCUGAAGCAUUUAAAAAACUGUUGACAUCAAGUGCUGUUCAUAAAUGGGGUACUGAAAUCCAUGAGGGAAUCUACAACAUGUUGAUGCUACUAGUAGAUCUGGUUGCAGAGAGGAUAAAGCAAGAUCCUAUCCCUGUUGGUCUUCUCGCUGUACUCACAAUGGCUCUUAAUCCUGAUAAUGAGUACCAUUUCAAGAACCGAAUGAAAGUGUGCCAAAGGAACUGGGCAGAAGUAUUUGGAGAGGGCAAUAUGUAUGCUGUCUCGCCCAUAUCUACUUUCCAGAAGGAACCGCAUGGAUGGCUAGUGGACUUAGUGAAUAGGCUUGCAGAAUUAGGUGGAUUUUCUGCAAUUCAGUCUAAGCUUCAUUCAGAAGAUAUUGAACUUGGGGCAGUAUCUUCUUUAGUUCAGCCUUUGGGGGUUUGUGCAGAGUAUCUCAAUUCUUCGGUAGUACAGCCCAUGCUGGAUCCAGUAAUUCAUAAUAUGAUUAAAUAUGUACAGAAUGUUGAAGAGAAGGACCUGAAGGACAAGAGGCUGGUCAGUAUCCCUGAACUCUUGUCUGCCAUCAAGCUUCUUUGCAUGCGAUUCCAACCUGACUUGGUAACAGUAGUAGAUGACCUGCGCUUAGAUAUCCUGUUGCGUAUGCUGAAAUCGCCACACUUCAGUGCAAAAAUGAACUCUCUCAAAGAAGUAACAAAACUUAUUGAAGACAGCACUGUAUCCAAAUCAGUAAAGAACGCAAUAGAUACAGAUCGGUUAUUAAACUGGCUAGUAGAAAACUCUGUCCUUUCAAUUGCAUUAGAAGGUAACAUAGACCAAGCACAAUAUUGUGAUCGUAUAAAAGGAAUUAUUGAACUCCUGGGCAGCAAGUUAUCAUUAGAUGAGCUGACAAAAAUAUGGAGAAUACAGUCAGGACAGCCGUCAACAGUAAUAGAGAACAUCCACACCAUUAUUGCAGCAGCUGCUGUCAAGUUCAGCUCAGACCAACUCAAUCAUCUCUUUGUCCUUAUUCAGAAGAGUUGGGAAUCUGAGAGUGAUAGAGUGAGACAGAAACUGCUAAGCUUGAUAGGACGUAUUGGCCGGGAAGCACGUGUAGAGACAACCACUGGAAAGGUUCUUGAGGUUCUCUGGGAGUUGGCUCAUCUUCCAACAUUGGCCAGCAGUUUGAUUCAACAAGCCUUGGAGGAGCAUUUGACAAUCCUUAGUGAUGCAUAUGCAGUGAAGGAGGCAAUAAAAAGAAGCUAUAUCAUCAAAUGCAUAGAAGACAUCAAAAGGUCAUCCCAACAUAAUAACCCUCAGUUUGUGUGGGUGGUACCAGCUUUACGUCAGCUCCAUGAAAUCACACGCUCAUUUAUUAAGCAGACCUACCAAAAGCAAGAUAAGAGCAUUAUUCAGGAUCUGAAGAAAAACUUUGAAAUAGUGAAGCUGGUGACAAGCAGCUUAAUAGCAUGCCACCGAUUGGCCGCAUCCGUGGCAGGUCCUGGGGGCCUGUCAGGAGCAACCUUAGUGGAUUGCCGAUACACGUAUCGGGAGUACUUGGAGGCACAUCUCAAAUUUCUGGCAUUUUUCCUCCAAGAAGCUACACUUUACUUGGGAUGGAAUCGUGCUCGGGAAAUCUGGGAAUGCCUUGUGACAGGCCAAGAUGUUUGUGAACUAGAUCGGGAGAUGUGCUUUGAAUGGUUUACAAAAGGGCAGCACGAUCUUGAGAGUGAUGUGCAGCAGCAGCUUUUUAAAGAAAAAAUUCUUAAAUUGGAGUCCUAUGAAAUCACUAUGAAUGGUUUUGGUUUGUUUAAGACCUUUUUUGAAAAUGUGAACCUCUGUGAUCAUCGAUUGAAACGUCAAGGAACUCAGCUGCAUGUAGAAAAACUGGAAUUAAUAGGAAUGGAUUUUAUUUGGAAGAUCGCAAUGGAGUCACCUGAUGAAGAAAUAGCGAAUGAAGCUAUUCAGCUAAUAAUAAACUAUAGUUACAUCAAUCUAAAUCCAAGACUAAAGAAGGAUUCAGUGUCACUCCAUAAGAAAUUCAUUGCGGAUUGUUAUACAAGAUUAGAAGCAGCCAGUUCAGCACUUGGUGGUCCAACGCUGACACAUGCUGUCACCAGAGCUACCAAAAUGCUAACAGCAACUGCGAUGCCUACUGUGGCAACAUCGGUACAGUCUCCAUACAGGUCAACGAAGCUUGUAAUAAUUGAGAGACUGCUGCUGUUAGCAGAACGCUACGUCAUCACUAUAGAGGACCUUUACUCCGUUCCACGUACUAUUCUACCUCACGGUGCCUCCUUUCAUGGACAUCUUUUAACACUUAAUGUUACGUAUGAAUCUACCAAAGAUACCUUUACAGUAGAGGCUCAUAGCAAUGAGAUCAUAGGGAGUGUCAGAUGGAAGAUAGCAAAGCUGUUGAAUGCUCCUGUGGAAAACAUACAGAUAUUUGCAAAUGACAGCUUGCUAACAGUGAACAAAGAUCAAAAGCUACUUCACCAGUUGGGCUUUUCUGAAGAACAAGCACUUACUGUAAAGACAUCAGGAAGUGGAACCCCAUCAGCAAGCUCUGCUGAUUCCUCCACUAGCUCCAGCAACAGUAGUAAUGUCUUCAGUUCAUCAUAUGCAAUGGAACAGGAAAAAUCCCUCCCUGGAGUGGUAAUGGCUCUUGUGUGUAAUGUGUUUGACAUGCUGUACCAGCUUGCGAACCUAGAAGAGCCAAGGAUUACUUUGAGAGUACGGAGGCUUCUUUUGCUGAUUCCUACUGACCCAGCUAUUCAGGAAGCUCUUGAUCAGCUAGAUUCUCUUGGACGAAAGAAAACAUUACUCUCUGAAUCAAACUCCCAGUCUUCAAAGUCGCCUUCUUUGUCUACAAAGCAUCAACACCAGCCUAGUGCUACUUCAAUACUUGAAAGUCUUUUCAGGUCUUUUGCCCCAGGAAUGUCUACUUUUAGAGUACUUUACAAUCUUGAGGUCCUGAGUUCCAAGCUAAUGCCUACAGCGGAUGAUGAAAUGGCAAGAAAUUGUGCCAAAUCUUUCUGCGAAAAUUUUCUCAGAGCAGGUGGCUUGAGUUUGGUGGUGAAUGUUAUGCAGAGAGACUCCAUCCCAUCAGAAGUGGAUUAUGAAACAAGGCAGGGAGUUUAUUCAAUCUGUCUGCAGCUGGCAAGGUUUUUGCUUGUUGGGCAAACCAUGCCUACCUUUCUUGAUGACGAUAUUGUUAAACAUGGAGUGGAAACACUAUCGUCACGCCCAUUCCGUAAUGUGAGCCGGCAGACUACCAGGCAGAUGUCAAUGUGUGGAACCCCAGAGAAGUCCUCUUAUCGCCAGCUAUCUGUGUCAGACAGGUCUUCUAUCAGAGUGGAGGAGAUCAUUCCUGCUGCACGGGUUGCAAUCCAAACAAUGGAAGCAAAUGACUUCACUUCCACAGUUGCUUGUUUUAUGCGACUCUCAUGGGCUGCUGCUGCAGGGCGGCUUGACCUGGUGGGAAGCAGUCAGCCGAUAAAAGAAAGCAACACGCUGUUCCCUGUUGGGAUUCGUAACCGUCUUAGCAGCUCAGGAAGCAAUUGCAGUUCAGGAAGUGAAGGAGAACCAACAGCUCUGCAUGCUGGGAUCUGUGUGAGGCAGCAUUCUGUAUCCACCAAAGAUGCACUGAUUGCAGGAGAGGCUUUGUCUCUCUUAGUUACAUGCCUACAGCUCCGCAGUCAGCAGCUAGGUUCUUUUUACAACCUCCCUUGUGUUGCUGACUUUAUCAUAGACAUACUACUUGGAUCGCCAAGUGCGGAGAUUCGCCGCGUGGCCUGUGACCAAUUGUAUACCCUCAGUCAGACAGACACAUCAGCUCACCCUGAUAUACAAAAACCAAACCAAUUUCUUUUGAGUGUCGUCCUUACUGCUCAGCUGCCACUCUGGUCACCUACCAGCAUCAUGAGAGGAGUCAACCAGAGGCUUUUGUCCCAGUGUACAGAGUACUUUGACCUUAGAUGCCAGUUAUUGGACGAUCUCACAUCUUCAGAAAUGGAACAACUAAAGAUUAGCCCAGCUGCUAUGUUGGAGGAUGAGAUCACGUGGUUGGAUAACUUUGAACCUACCCGUGCAGCUGAAUGUGAAACCAGUGAAGCUGACAAUGUGUUGUUGGCGGGACAUUUGAGGCUCAUUAAGACCCUCCUGUCACUUUGCGGAACAGAGAAGGAAAUGCUAGGUUCGUCUUUGAUCAAACCAUUAUUAGAUGACUUCCUCUUCCGAGCAUCUAGGAUUAUUCUGAACAGCCAUUCUCCAGCUGGCAACGUGGCUGCCACUCAGCAAGACUUUCAUCCAAAGUGCAGUACAGUGAAUAGCCGAUUAGCAGCAUAUGAAGUGCUGGUGAUGCUGGCAGAUAGUUCGCCUUCAAAUCUACAGCUUAUUACAAAAGAGCUGCUCUCUAUGCAUCACCAGCUUGAUCAAGCUCUUUCCAAGGAAUUUGAUUAUCUCCCACCUGUAGACGGCCGAUCCAUUUCAGGAUUUGUGGGGCUAAAAAAUGGAGGUGCAACAUGUUACAUGAAUGCCGUCUUCCAACAGCUCUAUAUGCAGCCAGGACUUCCUGAGGCAUUGCUUUCGAUUGACGAUGACAUGGACAAUCCCGACGACAAUGUGUUCUAUCAAGUUCAGUCACUCUUUGGUCACUUAAUGGAGAGCAAGCUGCAGUAUUACAUACCUGAAAAUUUCUGGAAGAUCUUCAAGAUGUGGAACAAGGAACUCUAUGUACGUGAACAACAAGAUGCUUAUGAGUUCUUCACAAGUCUUAUAGAUCAGAUGGAUGAAUACCUCAAGAAAAUAGGACGAGACCAAAUAUUUAAGAACACUUUCCAGGGAAUCUACUCUGAUCAGAAAAUCUGCAAAGACUGUCCUCAUAGGUAUGAACGAGAGGAAGCCUUUAUGGCUCUCAAUCUAGGAGUCACUUCAUGUCAAAGCCUGGAAAUUUCAUUGGAUCAGUUUGUUAGAGGAGAAAUUCUGGAAGGAAGUAAUGCAUAUUACUGUGAGAAAUGUAAAGAAAAGAGAACUACAGUAAAGCGGACAUGCAUUAAAGCUCUGCCUAGCUUGUUGGUGAUCCACCUCAUGAGAUUUGGAUUUGAUUGGGAAAGUGGACGUUCCAUUAAGUACGAUGAACAGAUAAAGUUCCCCUGGAUGCUGAACAUGGAACCCUAUACAGUUUCAGGAAUGGCCCGGCAAGAUUCUUCCUCAGAAGUUGGUGACAAUGGGCGACACAUAGAUCAGGGAGGUGCAGGAUCCCCCCGGAAGAAGGUGGCCCCAACAGAAAACUAUGAGCUGGUUGGGGUGAUAGUGCACAGCGGUCAGGCCCAUGCAGGGCACUACUAUUCCUUUAUCAAAGAUAGAAGGGGAUGUGGAAAAGGAAAAUGGUUCAAAUUCAAUGACACAGUUGUUGAAGAAUUUGAGUUGAAUGAUGAAACUUUGGAGUAUGAAUGCUUUGGCGGAGAGUAUAGACCCAAAGUUUAUGACCAGUCAAAUCCAUAUCCUGAUGUUCGCCGCCGCUACUGGAAUGCCUACAUGCUCUUCUACCAGAGAGUCUCUGACCAGAACUCGCCAGUUUUGCCAAAGAAAAGCAGAGUUAGCAUUGUGCGUCAGGAAGCUGAGGACCUGUCUUUGUCUGCUCCAUCUUCACCAGAUGUUUCACCACAAUCAUCGCCACGGCCUCAUAGACCCAGUAGUGACCGCUUGUCCAUCUUGACCAAGCUGGUCAAAAAAGGGGAGAAAAAAGGCUUAUUUGUAGAGAAAAUGCCGGUUCGGAUAUAUCAGAUGGUGAGGGAUGAAAACCUGAAGUUUAUGAAGAACAGAGAUGUCUACAGCAGUGACUAUUUUAGCUUUGUUUUAUCAUUAGCUUCGUUAAAUGCUACAAAGUUAAAGCACCCCCAUUAUCCAUCUAUGGCAAGAGUAAGUUUACAACUAGCAGUCCAGUUCCUCUUCCAGACGUGUCUGCGAACCAAGAAAAAACUCAGGGCUGACAUAGAAGAAUGGAUUGCAACCAUUGAUGCUUUGGUUUCUAAAAGUUUUGAAGCUUGUCAAUGGUUGGUUGAAUAUUUAGUUGAGGCAGAAGGGCGAGAGCUCAUUAAGACUUUUCUGCUGGAAUGCAGUGUAAGAGAAGUGCGAGUUGCUGUAGCCACCAUUCUUGAAAAAACCUUAGACAGUGCCUUGUUUUAUCAGGAAAAGUUGAAAAGUCUGCAUCAGUUAGUGGAUGUGCUGCUUGGCCUGUUGGACAAGGACGUCCCUGAGAACUGCAAAAACUGUGCCCAGUACUUCUUCUUGUUCAACAAUUUUGUACAAAAGCAGGGUAUAAGAGCUUGUGAUCUCCUUCUCAGGCAUUCUGCCUUAAGACAUAUGAUCAACUUUCUCCUUGGUCCUAGCCGUCAGAAUAACCAGAAUCGCAGAUGGAGUUCAGCACAAGCACGAGAGUUUGGGUUCCUCCAUAAUACCGUGGCACUGCUUGUUUUGCACUCUGAUGUCUCAUCACAAAGGAAUGUGGCUCCUGGUCUGUGUGUUCUGCAUUCACCCCUUAGCAUUACCACCUCUGGGCCGCUCCUGGCCCUCCAUGAAGAAGUAGAAGCUUUACUGUUCCUGCCUGAGGGGAAGCCUUAUUUAAUGGAGGUGAUGUAUGCAUUAAGGGAGCUAACUGGAUCGCUGCUGGUCCUCAUUGAGAUGGUGGUGUACUGCUGCUUUUGUAAUGAGCACUUUUCCUUUACCGUGCUGCAUUUCAUCAAGAAUCAGCUGGAGACUGCUCCACCCCAUGAAUUGAAGAACAUCUUCCAGCUUCUUCACGAGAUCUUGAUUAUUGAAGAUCCUUUGCAAAUAGAGCGGGUCAAGUUUGCAUUUGAGACUGAAAAUGGAUUGCUGGCACUGAUGCACCACAGUAAUAACCAUGUGGACAGCAGUCGCUGUUAUCAGUGUGUCAAAUUCUUGGUCACUCUUGCUCAGAAGUGCUCUGCUGCUAAAGAUUAUUUCAAGGAGAAUUCCCAUCACUGGAGUUGGGCUGUACAGUGGCUUCAAAUAAAGAUGUCUGAACACUACUGGGCUCCACAGAGUAAUGUAUCCAAUGAAACCUCAACCGCCAAAACCUUUCAGCGCACUAUUUCUGCACAGGACACGCUGGCAUAUGCCACAGCCUUGCUGAAUGAGAAGGAUCAAUCAGGAAGCAGUAACGGAUCCGAGAGCAGCCCAGCCAAUGAGAAUGGUGGCAGACAUCUACCACAGGGCACAGUGUCCCCAAUGAUGAUUGGUGAACCUAAAAGUGACCUUGAUGAUGUGGAUCCUUAGUGGUUAGCUGCAAGCUGAGGAACAAGCGUUCAACGGAAGCAUUGAACCCCUGGCAUCUUUCUGAUAUUGUUAAAAUCCCACCGCUUUCAUCUUUUAGAAGUGAAGCUUUCUAAGAAAAAGUGGCCAUGCUACUUCCUAAAGAGAAAUUCUCCAACUGAGAAGUUUAAGCAUCAGGCUGUGGGGGAAGUCCCAGCAUCCUUUAUGGUUCUUGUGGGAUGCUGGUCCAAGCAUGAGUUUAAAAAUCUGUCACAAGAUUUUACCAAUUUAAGGAAAAAUAUCAAGUGGUUGAAAUUUUUAUUAUGUGAACCUUUAAUGAGUGAAUGUAAAAAAAACUUGCUUUUCUGUGAUGCUGCAAAAAAAAACUUUCAGUUUUUAUACAGAAGAAAAAAUCUGACUGCCUUUAGGUAUGGAGGGCAAAUUUUUAAUCUUUCUGAAAAUAUUGAAUAGUGAUAUUCAAAAUUAUGUAAAAAAUGUGUGACUUACACUUGGCAUUGUAAAUUAUUAGUUAAGAAUCAGUUUACACAAGGACCUUUGUAUUUAAUAUGUCUCCUAAAUCAUUUGUAUAGCGCUUUGCAGAAAGGGUUUGCAGCCCUUUUGUGUAAGGAUGGUUAUUCCUUAUGGAAUGGUUUUGGUACUAGGAAGUCUGAAAUUGGUAACUUCUUUUCCUGAUGCUAAAAGUAAAUGGGUAAGAGCAAUAAAGUAGCUUUGUUUAUUCCAAGAAUACACUUAUGUAUUGUGGCAUCAAUGGAUCUUUUUUUUAAAAAAAAUUGAUGAGUAAGUUUAACACAAAAAAGCACUUUAAGACAGAAUUUUAUUGCUGUUUUGCCUCCUUAAAUCAUCAUUCUAACACUUGGAGACAUAUUGAAUAAAUUGUAGUCUUAAUGAUGUGAUCUGCAAUCAUUUGCUUAUGCUUUUGAAUUUGAGAGUUGGAAUUGGCUGUAUAUGAUUCCUUGAGUAACAUGGGGACAUAUGAAUCUUUUUUUAAAGAAAUAAUAACACAGGCAAAGAUUGUAGGCUUUGUUUUGCUUGGCCAGGCAGCAUUGAAAAUACAACAGGUUCAUUUGUUCCUUAAUAACUGGAAACCAAUUGAGCUACAUGGGUACAAUUUAGUUUCCCUAUGUGAAAUUUAGUUAAGUGGCAUCUUUCGCAGCUCUGGAUACUAGCUUCUUCUGUGCCAAUUUUUAGUUUUUUCACAUUUUUCCCCCCGCACUGCUUUUGCCUUAAUUUAAAUGAAAUGCACCAUGAAUUGAGGGGAAGUUGUAGAGUGCCUGGGUUACCUCCACUGUAGAAAGGUUUGCCAAGUCAAAGGCACAAACAGCCAAAAAGUGCCUCUUUUUUCUUUUCACUUUUAUGUACUAUUGCAAAACCUGAUCUGACAUAAUAGCUUUCUUCACAGUUGUGCACUGACUGGUUGUGAAUAUUACAGGUCACUUCACUGCUGAAGGAAACAGCUGCACAUCUUCCAGCUGGAGUUCUUUGCCAUGUGUUUUAAGUCAAGGGAGUCAUGUUGAUAACACUGCAUGUGCAAAAUAAUGACGUUUCAGUUGAAUUUGCUUCUCUCAAGACACGCGUCUUCUUUGAAAUGUGGCAGAAUUCAGAUAUUUUAUC